UCUGCUGGUGGAGCAGAAUGGGCAAGUUCUGAUGUUCCUGGAGGACGAAGCAGUUUUUCCCACCCAAAAAAGGAUCGUGAACACUUCCGAAGUACUCUAGUUAAUAUCAUAAUGCAACAAGAUUGCACUGCUGGACAGCUUCCUUCAUUGGACGAGACUGAGACCACUUCAACAUCUGGUGCUCCUUCAGCUGUGGAGAAAGACAUCCUUCGUUAUUAUUAUUACAUUCACCAUGGAAUAGAUACAGAACAUGUGGCUCCUAUGGAAGACAGCUGGUUGGAAGAUGUAUUAACUUUAGUCCCAACCCAUCUCAAAACAUACACUGAAACUAUUGAGUCACUUUCAGAUGAAAUGAAAGAAGAUUAUAUCCUUAGUGUAAAGAAGGCAAUAGUGGACUUCGUUCUAAGGGACCCCAGAGAUAAAGAAGACGUAAAGGAAGAGCUUCCUUCUCAUCGUGCAGAGAUUGCAAUAAUUCCAAAACCUUGGCACAAGUCGUUUUUGGCAAAUCGCAACUAUAUGAAGACACACCUAAAUGCGAUAAAUCCCACAAUGUUGUCUGUCCUGGACCUCUGGCACACGUCUUUUGAGAAUUUGCGGUUAAUUGAUGUCAAGGAGUUUCAGAGUCGCCAGAAGGCGCUGGAGCUGUCUGUAUUCCAGGUCAUGUUUAUGAAGCACAUUGAUGCUGUAAAAGAAAAACUUCUUAAAAACUGGUUUCCUGAGGUUCAAAAUAUUUAUUACCAGGGGAAUAAGCGGAAGCUGCUUCCCACCAAUAACAGUACCAGACUAGAGGCUUUCUUCAACUCAGCUGCCACUCUGAUGACUUCACAGCUGCAGAGUUUAGCUUUGAAAUCCAUUCAGGAUUAUACAAACCUGAUUGUACGGUCGCCGGAAUCUACCCGUGAGUAUGAACACCCAGGUUUCAUUUUGCGCAUGAUCUUAAAUAAUGACCGUAUCCAAUUUGAACCAGAAUUCAAGGAUUUUGAGAUUAUCUUCUUGAGCGUUUAUGAUAUCAUGUUGAAAACCAUUAACCUAGUGCCAAGAGUUGAGACAAAGUUGUACUCUGAAUGGGUAAGUGAUUCUGGUACCAAAUCUACCCUGAAACCAAUAAUCCUGGAUGAAAUUCUAAUGGGAAACAAAGCAAAAAUCAUAGAUGUUAUUGACAAAGAAAGUGUUGGACCUCAAGAACAUCUUCGACUGUAUGAUCAAUAUAGCAUGCUCAUAAACAAGCAAUCUGAACUGGAUGUAGAGCAGUUCCUGAUUGAGCCACACAUAUUCAAUGAGACUGUGGAAGAAAUUAUUAAGUAUCAAAAACUGUUUGAAGAAAUUCAAUAUGGUUCUCGAAGGGUUAUUCGUUUGGGAAUGUUUGAGGUGCACUGUGAUGAACUCAUAAGGGCACUUGUGAAACGAGUAGAAGUUCUUCGGGAGAAGCUACUGGCCAAAGUAGUUAAAGACCAUCAGGACAUUAAUAAGGCGUUAUGUGCUGAGUUUGAGAAGAUAGCAGAGAAAGCACUAACGACACCUCCAAAUACACAUGCAUUAAUGGAUCUGAAGGCCUAUAUGAAGCAGGUUGAAAGGAAAGACAUGGUUGAUCUUGAGCAGAAGCUGGUGGAAGCCAAGAAUCGUCUGACUUUUCUUUUAGAUUUCGCUACCUUUUCCCCCGCUGAAAUUCGACGGAACAACAACACAUUUCUUUGGUGGGGACGAAUGGCAGAGAUUUUUGAAGAGCAUAGAAAAAUAGUGGCAGAAAAAGAACUACAGUACCAAGAGGGACUCAAGCUUCGCAGUGAAAGAUUUUUGGAUGAACUGGAUAGCUAUUCUAAGCAAGUGGAGGAAUUCUUCACUUUUGGAGACAUUACAGACGUCAACCGAUACCUCCGAAAAGCUCAGGCGUUAAACACAAAGUUGAAUCAAGCAGCAGAAAAGGUUGAUCAGAUUAAUGCAGAAGAGGAAGCUUUUGGAUGGCCUCCAUCUCAGUAUCCUCGACGUAAACAAACUAAUGAUAUUCUUUCACCAUACCUUAAACUGUAUGAGAUGACUGUAGAGUUCAAUACCAAAUACAAAAGUUGGAUGGAGGGACCACUUUCUGCUGUCAACCCAGAUCAAGUAGAGCUAGAUGUAGGAAACUAUUGGCGUGGUCUGUAUAAGUUGGAAAGAUCCUUUGGAGACUCACCAAAUGGAUUAAAAAUUGCCAAACAGAUUAAGGACAAAGUAGAAGAUUUUAAACAGCAUAUACCUCUCAUCCAGGUUGUUUGCAAUCCUGGUCUUCGGGACCGUCACUGGGGUGCCUUAUCUGACAUUGUGGGGUAUUCACUGAAACCGACUGAAGACACAACUGUUUCCAAGUUUAUCACGAUGAAUCUUGAACCUUUCUUAGACAAGUUUGACAGUGUUAGUGAGAGUGCUAGCAAAGAAUAUUCUUUGGAGAGAGCCUUGGAAAAAAUGAUGGCUGAAUGGGAUGAAAUGGAAUUUGUUCUUAUUGCAUAUCGAGAAACAGGAACUUACAUACUUUCUGCUGUUGAUGACAUCCAGAUGUUGUUAGAUGACCAUAUUGUGAAGACACAGACCAUGCGUGGAUCUCCUUUUAUAAAGCCAUUUGAGAAGGAAAUCCGGGACUGGGAAGGUAAGCUGUUGCUGCUGCAGGAGAUCAUGGAUGAAUGUUUAAAAGUACAGGCAACAUGGCUCUAUCUGGAACCUAUUUUCAGCUCCCCUGACAUUAUGGCCCAGAUGCCUGAAGAAGGAAGGCGAUUCACUACCGUUGAUAAGACUUGGAAAGAGCUCAUGAAGCAAGUCAUUGUGGACAGGCAUGUUCUAGCUGUAGUUUCCAUCGAAAAAAUGAUUGACAGACUAAAAAAAUCAAACGAUCUUCUAGAUUUAAUCCUAAAAGGCCUUAAUGACUACCUAGAAAAAAAGCGCCUCUAUUUCCCACGAUUCUUCUUCUUAUCCAAUGAUGAGUUGCUGGAGAUCCUUUCAGAGACCAAAGAUCCUACCAGAGUACAACCUCAUUUGAAGAAGUGCUUUGAGGGCAUUGCAAAAGUUGCAUUUACUGAUGUCUUGGAUAUUACCCACAUGACAAGCAGUGAGGAUGAAAUGGUGGAACUCAUUGAUACCAUUUCUACUGCUAAAGCUAGAGGUCAAGUAGAAAAGUGGCUGUUGGAACUAGAGUCAGCCAUGGUCAGAUCCAUUCACAAAGUUAUCGGUGAAGCGAUCGCCGCUUAUCCAAAAAACGAACGAAUAGAUUGGGUGAGAGCUUGGCCUGGCCAGACUGUGCUGUGUGUCUCACAGAUCUUUUGGACAAAUGAAGUUCAGAAUUCCAUUAAAGGUGGACAGAGUUCCCUGGAGAGCUACCUGGAGCAGAAUAAUAAGCAGAUUGAAGACAUUGUCACUUUAGUGCGUGGAAAGCUGUCCAAACAGAAUCGGGUCACUCUUGGGGCUUUGGUUGUACUGGAUGUUCAUGCCAGAGAUGUCUUGACAGUCCUGGUAAAGAAACAAAUCAGUGAUGAAAAUGACUUUGAAUGGUUGAGCCAGCUGAGAUACUAUUGGGAGGUGAAUCAGCUUCAGACAAAAAUGAUUAAUGCAGGUCUUCCCUAUGGAUAUGAAUACCUUGGAAAUACACCACGCCUGGUUAUCACUCCACUUACAGACAGAUGCUACAGAACUUUGUUUGGUGCUCUACAUCUUCAUCUUGGAGGAGCACCUGAAGGACCAGCAGGCACUGGUAAGACUGAGACGACUAAAGACUUAGCGAAGGCUGUGGCCAAGCAGUGUGUGGUAUUUAAUUGCUCUGAUGGAUUGGACUACAUUGCCCUGGGGAAAUUUUUUAAGGGGUUGCUCUCCUGUGGUGCCUGGGCAUGCUUUGAUGAGUUCAACAGAAUUGAUCUGGAAGUGCUUUCUGUUGUUGCACAACAAAUCCUAACAAUCCAGAGAGGCAUUUCUGCUGGGUCAGAUACAUUAUUGUUUGAAGGAACUGAAUUGAAGCUUAACCCGACCUGUGCUGUCUUUAUUACGAUGAAUCCUGGCUAUGCUGGUCGUUCAGAGUUGCCGGACAACCUUAAGGCUCUCUUCAGAACAGUAGCCAUGAUGGUACCAGAUUAUGCGAUGAUUGCAGAGAUUGUGCUUUAUUCAUGUGGCUUUGUCAGUGCUCGACCCCUGUCAGUUAAGAUAGUUGCUACAUAUCGGCUUUGUUCAGAGCAACUUUCUUCACAGCAUCAUUAUGAUUAUGGGAUGCGUGCAGUAAAAUCUGUUUUGACUGCUGCAGGAAAUAUAAAGUUGAAAUAUCCAACGGAAAAUGAAGAGAUUUUAUUACUGAGAUCCAUAAUUGAUGUCAAUUUGCCUAAGUUCUUGGCACAUGAUUUGCCACUUUUUGAGGGUAUCACUACAGAUUUGUUUCCUGGAGUUAAGUUGCCAAAGCCUGACUACCGAAUCUUGCUGGAGGCAAUCAAAGAGAAUUGUGAACGAAUGAAUUUGCAGAUGACAGACUUCUUCUCACAGAAGAUUUUGCAGAUCUUUGAAAUGAUGAUUGUGCGCCAUGGUUUUAUGAUUGUUGGAGAACCAUUUGGUGGAAAGACAUCUGCUUAUCGAGUUCUGGCUGGUGCUUUGCGUGACAUUUCCGAAAAGGGACUAAUGGAGGAAAACAAGGUUCAAAUCACUGUCAUUAAUCCCAAGUCCAUCACGAUGGGUCAGCUGUAUGGCCAAUUUGAUAAAGUGUCACAUGAAUGGUCAGAUGGCAUUCUGGCUGUGAGCUAUAGAGCAUUUGCUGUUUCUUCUACUCCAGAUAGGAAAUGGCUGAUCUUUGAUGGACCAGUUGAUGCAGUCUGGAUUGAAAACAUGAACACUGUACUAGAUGAUAACAAAAAGUUAUGUCUAAUGAGUGGAGAGAUCAUUCAGAUGUCUCCGCAAAUGAGUUUAAUAUUUGAACCAAUGGAUCUGGAGGUUGCUUCCCCUGCCACUGUUUCAAGAUGUGGUAUGGUCUAUAUGGAACCUCAAAUGCUGGGAUGGAAGCCUGUGAUGGUAUCCUGGAUGAAUAAGAUGCCUCCUGGUGUUAGUGCCAUGCACAAGGAAUUAGUUGAAGGGCUCUUCGACAGGAUGGUGCCAGUGUGUCUUCAGUAUAUUCGAAAAGCAGCAAAGGAACUAUCUCCGACUUCUGAUACAAAUUUGGUACGAUCAUUGAUGAACCUUAUGGAUUGUCUUAUGGAUGAAUUUACAGAUGUGCCCAAGAUCAAGCAAAUGAAUGAACGAGACAUUUGUUCUUGGCUUGAGGGUGUUUUUCUAUUUUCCUUGAUCUGGUCUAUUGGUGCUAGCUGUACAGAAGAAGAUCGGGUGAUGUUUGACAAGCUUCUGCGGGAGAUAAUGGAUGGGCCACUAAGAGAGGAGACAAAGAAAAAAUUUGGUCUCAUUAUCAAUGUUGAUCCUCCAGUUAAAGCUCCCACUGCCCCAAUUCCAACUGAGGGAAAAGUUUACGACUAUACAUUUAUUAAAGAUGGAACAGGAAGGUGGGAAUUGUGGACAGAAGCCCUGAAGUCAGUUCCCCCCAUUUCAAAGGAUGUGCAGUUUAAUGAAAUCAUCGUACCAACUUUAGAUACCGUUCGCUAUAUGGAACUGAUGACCCUUUUGACAACACAUCAAAAACCUUCUAUAUACGUGGGCCCAACAGGAACAGGAAAAAGUGUCUAUAUUAUUGAUUUCCUAUUAAAUAAUCUGAACAAAGAGGUUUACAAACCACUGCUGAUUAACUUUUCAGCCCAGACUACUGCUGCUCAGACUCAGAACAUCAUCAUGUCCAAAUUAGACAAAAGAAGGAAAGGAGUUUUUGGUCCACCUCUUGGGAAAAAAACGGUUGUUUUUGUAGAUGAUGUGAACAUGCCGGCACGAGAAGUGUAUGGUGCUCAGCCACCAGUUGAACUACUUCGGCAGUGGUUAGACCAUUGGAAUUGGUAUGACCUGAAGGACUGUACCAAGGUUAAACUGGUGGACAUACAAAUAAUGUGUGCAAUGGGGCCACCUGGUGGUGGCCGAAACCCAAUCACACCUCGAUUCUUGCGCCAUUUUAACACAUUGGCUAUCAAUGAGUUUGAUGACAAAGCCAUGUUCACCAUUUUCUCUCGGAUCCUUGACUGGCACUUCACUCUAAGGUUUGCUUUCCCAGGGGAAUAUGCCAGUCUGACUCCACAAAUUGUUAAUGCCACUAUGACUACUUACAAGGAAGCAAUGAAGAAUCUCCUUCCGACACCUGCCAAGUCUCACUAUCUGUUCAAUCUGCGUGACUUCUCCCGUGUUAUUCAGGGAGUUUGUCUUUCAUAUCCGGAGACAUCUGAAAGUCCAGCUGACAUAAAACGCCUCUGGGUUCAUGAGGUUUUGCGAGUGUAUUACGAUCGUCUGGUGGAUGAUUUAGAUCGAAGUUGGCUCAUUUCUUGUAUUCAAGACGUGGUGGUCAGUGACCUGAAUGAGAACUUUCAUACACUUUUCAAACAUCUUGACUUCAAUGCUGAUGGAAUAGUGGUGGAAGAUGAUCUUCGCAGCCUUAUGUUCUGUGAUUUCCACGAUUCCAGGGGUGCAGACAAAAGCUACCGUGAAAUCUUUGAUAUGGUCAAGUUACGGAGGGUUGUAGAAUCUCAUUUGGAGGAAUUUAACAACCUUAGCAAAAAGCCUAUGAAUCUGGUUAUAUUCAGAUUUGCAAUUGAACAUGUGUGCCGCGUUUCCCGCAUUCUUAAACAACCCCGAGGUCACGCUCUGUUAGUGGGAGUUGGAGGCAGUGGUCGUCAGUCGCUAACCCGGCUUGCUGCACACAUGGCAGAUUAUGAUCUGUUUCAGGUUGAACUUGCCAAGAAUUAUGGCACUAAUGAAUGGCGUGAAGACUUGAAACACAUACUCCGCAAAUCUACGGAAGGUGAGAUGCAAGGUGUUUUCUUAUUCACAGACACUCAGAUCAAACAGGAAUCCUUUCUGGAAGACAUCAACAAUUUGCUGAAUGCGGGUGAAGUACCGAAUAUCUUUGCUGUGGAUGAGAAACAGGAAGUCUGUGAACGUAUGCGUAUUAUUGACCGUCAAAGAGACAGAUCAAAGCAGACGGAUGGGAGUCCAUUAGCUCUUUUCAAUCUUUUUAUUGAGCGCUGUCGGAAUCAGUUGCAUGUGGUUUUAGCAAUGAGUCCAAUUGGGGAUGCUUUCCGCAGCAGAUUAAGGAAGUUUCCGGCACUUGUCAACUGCUGCACAAUAGAUUGGUUUCAGUCCUGGCCAGAGGAUGCUUUGCAAGCUGUGGCAACACGUUUCUUGGGGGAUAUUGAAAUGGCAGAAGAUAUACGUAUGAGCUGUAUUGAUAUGUGCCAGAGUUUUCAUACCUCAACUAUUGAACUGUCUGAAAAAUUCCAUUUAGAGCUUGAAAGACACAACUACGUGACUCCAACAUCUUACUUAGAACUUUUGUCCACAUUCCAAUCAUUACUUGAGAAGAAACGAAAUGAGGUGAUGAAGAUGAAGAGGAGAUACGAGGUUGGUCUGGAGAAACUGGAGUCUGCCGCUUCGCAGGUCGCUGUCAUGCAGGUUGAAUUGGAAGCCCUCCAACCUCAACUCAAGGAUGCCAGUAAAGAAGUGGAUGAAAUGAUGUUGAUGAUUGAAAAGGAGUCCAUUGAGGUAUCAAAAACAGAAGAGACUGUGAAAGCUGAUGAAGCAAUAGCUAAUGAGCAAGCCAUGGCAUCAAAAGCAAUUAAGGAUGAAUGUGAUGCUGAUCUGGCAAAAGCAAUGCCUAUUCUGGAAGCUGCUCUUUCUGCCCUUGACACAUUAACUACACAGGACAUUACAGUGGUGAAAUCCAUGAAGAGCCCUCCUAAUGGCGUAAAGCUGGUUAUGGAGACUAUCUGUAUUUUAAAAGGGAUAAAACCUGAUAGAAUUCCAGAUCCUACCGGCUCAGGUAAAAAGAUAGAAGACUUCUGGGGUCCGGCCAAAAGGUUACUUGGUGACAUGAAGUUUUUACAAUCACUGCAUGAAUAUGACAAGGACAAUAUUCCUGUAAGUUACAUGAAUGUCAUCAGGAAUAAAUAUCUGACAAACCCAGAGUUUGUUCCAGAAAAGAUUCGCAAUGCUUCUACAGCAGCUGAAGGUCUCUGCAAAUGGGUCAUUGCCAUGGACUCCUACGAUAAAGUUGCUAAGCUUGUAGCCCCCAAGAAAGCAAAGCUGGCACAUGCUGAAGGUGAAUUGAAAAUCGCUAUGGAUGGGCUCAGAAAGAAGCAAGCUACACUGAAGGAAGUCCAAGAAAAGUUACAAAAACUGCAAGUGACACUAGAAGGGAACAAACAAAAGAAAGCAGACCUGGAAAAUCAGGUUGACUUGUGCAGUAAAAAACUGGAUCGAGCAGAACAGCUCAUAGGCGGUCUUGGUGGUGAGAAAACUCGCUGGAGUGAGACUGCUGUAAACCUAGGGAUACAGUACACUAACCUGACUGGUGAUGUUCUCAUCUCUUCUGGAAUUGUAGCUUAUCUAGGAGCAUUUACAUCCAUUUAUAGACAGGAACAAGUGAUGAAAUGGGUGAUAGACUGUAAGAAAAUGGUCAUCCCAUGUUCUGAUGAUUUCUCUCUAGUAAACACUUUGGGGGAACCUGUAAAAAUUCGAGCAUGGAAUAUUGCCGGUCUACCUUCUGAUAAUUUCUCUAUUGACAAUGGCAUUGUUAUAUUAAAUGCUCGAAGGUGGCCUCUAAUGAUAGACCCUCAAGGCCAGGCGAAUAAAUGGGUGAAAAAUAUGGAAAAGGCAAACAGUCUUCAUGUCAUCAAACUUAGUGAUGCUGACUUUGUAAGGACUUUGGAAAACUGUAUACAGUUUGGCACCCCUGUUUUGUUAGAAAAUGUUGGUGAUGAACUGGAUCCCAUCCUGGAACCUUUGCUGCUUAAACAAACAUUUAAACAAGGCGGCAGCAUAUGCAUUCGACUCGGUGAUUCCACAAUUGAAUAUGCCCCGGAUUUCCGCUUUUACAUCACAACUAAGCUGAGAAAUCCCCAUUAUCUUCCAGAAACAUCGGUCAAGGUGACCCUAUUGAACUUUAUGAUUACGUCAGAGGGUUUGCAGGACCAGCUUCUGGGUUUUGUGGUGGCUAGAGAGAGACCAGACCUGGAAGAGGAGAAGCAAUCUUUAAUCUUACAAAGUGCAGAAAAUAAAAGGCAAUUGAAGGAAAUAGAAGAUAAGAUUCUGGAAGUUCUUUCAUCCUCAGAAGGAAAUAUCUUGGAAGAUGAGACAGCUAUAAAGGUUUUGUCUUCGUCAAAGACCCUUGCCAAUGAGAUAACUGUUAAGCAAGCGAUAGCUGAGGAAACAGAAAAGAAGAUUGAUGCUACUCGAAUGGGCUACCGACCUAUUUCAGUACAUUCCUCCAUCCUGUUUUUUUCAAUUGCUGACCUUGGCAACAUAGAACCUAUGUACCAGUAUUCCCUAAACUGGUUUAUCAACCUUUUUAUCAUGUCUAUAGAAAAUUCAGAUAAAACUGAUGUUUUAAAAAAAAGGUUGCAGAUCUUAAAAAACUUCUUUACGUACUUGUUGUAUGUAAAUGUCUGCCGAUCUCUCUUUGAAAAGGACAAGCUGUUGUUUUCAUUUUGCCUGAGCAUAAAUCUUCUAAAGUAUGAUAAGAUGGUUGAUCAAAUGGAGUGGAACUUCUUGCUGACUGGUGGUAUUGGCCUCGAUAACCCCUUUGAGAGUCCAUGUUCCUGGAUUCCUUCAAAGGCUUGGGAUGAAUUCUGCCGACUUGAUGGGUUGCUACAUUUCAAAGACAUCCACACCGAGUUUGAACAACAUGUAGAUGGAUGGAAAACUGUAUAUGACAGCAUGGAGCCACAUCAUGAGAAUUUUCCUGGUGACUGGAACGAAAUGCUGGGGAAAUUCCAGAGGUUACUUGUAAUUCGCUGUCUGAGACCUGACAAGGUAAUUCCAAUGGUCCAGGAAUUUGUCACUUCUAACCUAGGACGACAAUUCAUUGAACCUCCUCCAUUUGAUUUGAGCAAUGCUUUCGGUGACAGUCAUUGCUGUUCACCACUUAUAUUUAUCCUGUCACCAGGUGCUGAUCCAAUGGCUGCAUUGCUCAAGUUUGCUGAGGAUCAGGGAUUUGGGGGCUCCAAGCUGAAUUCUCUGUCACUUGGACAGGGUCAAGGGCCCAUUGCUUUGAGGUUGAUUGAGAAAGGUGUAAAGGAAGGUGCCUGGGUGGUACUACAGAACUGUCAUCUGGCAACAUCGUGGAUGACAACAUUAGAAAGAGUCUGUGAGGAACUGAAUCCAGAUGUCACACAUCCUGACUUCAGACUGUGGCUUACAAGUUAUCCAUCUCCAAAUUUCCCAGUUUCUGUUCUACAGAAUGGUGUAAAAAUGACAAAUGAACCGCCAAAGGGUCUUCGAGCUAAUAUUAUAAGAUCCUACUUAAUGGAUCCCAUUUCUGACCCCGAGUUUUUUGGUAGCUGCAAGAAACCGGUUGAAUUCAAAAAGCUCUUGUAUGGUCUAUGUUUCUUCCAUGCUCUGGUUCAGGAAAGACGAAAAUUUGGGCCAUUGGGAUGGAAUAUACCGUAUGAGUUCAAUGAAACUGACUUGCGGAUAAGUGUGCAGCAGCUCCAUAUGUUCCUUAAUCAAUAUGAGGAAGUUCCCCUCGAUGCUUUGCGAUAUAUGACGUGUGAAUGCAAUUAUGGCGGCAGAGUGACGGAUGACUGGGACCGACGUAGUCUCCGAACUAUCCUGAACAAGUUCUACAAUGUAGAUAUUACGAUGAAUAAAGACUACAAAUUUGACUCAAGUGGACUUUACUUUGCACCAGAUGAAGGAGACCAUAUUAGCUACAUUGAAUAUACAAAGACCCUUCCUCUCAACCCAUCUCCGGAAGUUUUUGGCAUGAAUGCCAAUGCAGAUAUUACUAAAGAUCAAUCAGAGACACAAAACCUUUUUAAUAGCAUCUUACUCACAGAGUCUCGAAUAUCUGGUGGGGCUGGGAAAUCCGCAGAUGAAAUUGUGUUUGAAGUGUCUGAAGAUAUCAUCAGUAAAUUGCCUCCAGAUUUUGAUAUUGAAGCAGCAAUGAGAAAAUAUCCAACAACAUAUACUCAGAGCAUGAACACUGUACUAGUGCAAGAAAUGGGCCGUUUCAAUAACCUGCUCCGAACUAUUAGGGCCUCUUGUAUCAACAUACAGAAAGCUAUCAAGGGUCUGGUAGUGAUGUCGUCCGAGCUGGAAGAAGUAGUGAAUAGUAUACUGAUGGGAAAAAUUCCUGGUAUGUGGAUGAGUAAAUCGUACCCUAGUCUCAAGCCACUUGGCAGCUAUGUGAAUGACUUUUUAGCCAGAUUGAAAUUCCUGCAGGACUGGUAUCUUGAAGGAACUCCUCCUGUCUUCUGGUUAUCUGGUUUCUUCUUUACUCAAGCCUUUCUGACAGGGGGCCAGCAGAAUUAUGCCAGAAAAUAUACCAUUCCUAUUGACUUGCUUGGAUUUGACUAUGACAUAAUGGAGGAUAAGGAAUACACUCACCCCCCAGAAGAUGGUGUAUUCGUACGAGGUCUUUUUUUGGAUGGAGCUCGUUGGGACAGAAUUGAUAACAAACUGGCAGAAUCAUACCCCAAAAUACUCUACGAUUCAAUGCCUGUGAUGUGGUUAAAACCUUGUAAAAGGUCAGAAAUCUCAAAGCGGCUCAUUUACAUUUCUCCAGUUUACAAGACCAGUGAAAGACGAGGAACAUUAUCCACAACUGGACAUUCAACUAACUUUGUGGUUGCCAUGCGUAUUCCUUCUCAGCACCCUCCUGAACACUGGAUUGGCCGUGGUGUUGCUCUUCUUUGUCAGCUUAGUUUUUAAGUUGUUGGGUAGACAUUUUUAUUUGUGUUAAGGACCGAGCACUUUAUUGCAGUAGACAUCGUUUAAUAUUUUCGAACCAAUUUUUUAGUUACCACUUUUAAAUUCUAUCGGUCUUGCCCUAUUGUCUCAUGUCUCUCCUCCCACCCCAUUUCCAUGAUCAAAUCUGUGGGGGGAAAUAUUUUACUACAGAAAGGUGAACAGCAUUAGGAGUAUGCAAAAUUAUCCAUCAAAUGUGA